AUGCCUUGUAAUGUGAUAGAAUAUGGAUAUUUUACUGCCCAAAUUGGUCUCGAUGAUGUUUGGCUAAUUUCUAAUGGUACUUGUAUGCCAAGAAGUGUUAAUACAUUGGUGACAGAAGACAGAAAAUGGAGACAAGAAAAAUUAUAUAAACAAAUGACUGAUAGAUGUAUUGAUGGUUUAGUUAUUCCUUUAAGAAGAUUACAAUUAACACCUGAAGAAUUGGUUACGUUAAAAAUACUUUUGCUUUUUAGCUGUGGAAAUCAUACACAAAAAGAAGAAGCAACUUCAUUUAUCAGUGACGAAUCUAGAAAAAUUGCUUUAGAAUGGAAAAAUAAAGUAAUUGCUGCUCUCUUUCAAUUUUAUCGUUCUAUUGGGCAUAAAUCGGCAGCUGAACGUUUUGGAAAUGUUAUUUUAUUAAUUUCUGGAAUUGUUUCUGCUGCCUCAGCAACAUUAGAAUCUUAUCAAAUUAUGCGUUUAUUUAAAUUUGCUAAUUUUGAUAGAGUUUCUGAACAAUUACUUUUUGAUAUAGAUUGA